GGACAGACAGGAAGUGAGUGUUGCUGCCAGUGAGUGUGAGGGUUUGGAAAUCACAGAUCUGCUGCUGCUGAGCUCAAUACAAAAAUGUUCUUUCAAAUCUUUCUCCAUUUUGUCAGCAAUCUUCCGGCCACUGCAGUGGGCUGCCUUUCUGUUCUAAUGCAGCGGAUCCCAGUUUUGAAGAAGUACACAGAAAACACUCAUCAGAAAAAAGCCAUCUUUAGUAAGCGACAGAAUCUUCCAUGUAUUGCACCACUACUGGCCACAGUGCAGGAGACUCUGUGGACCUCUGCUCAAGUCCAAGGACAUCUCCCUAAGUGGCUCAAUGGUUCUCUGCUUCGAAUUGGACCUGGGAAAUUUGAGUUUGGGAAGGACAAGUAUAAUCACCGGUUUGACAGAAUGGCUUUGCUUUACCAAUUCAGAAUGGAGAAGGGCACUGUGACAUACAGGAGCAAGUUUCUACAGAGUGAUACAUAUAAGGCCAACAGUGUUCAUGAUCGAAUUGUGAUCUCAGAAUUUGGCACACUGGCUCUUCCUGACCCAUGCAAGAAUGUUUUUGAGCGUUUCAUGUCAAAGUUUGAGCCGCCUGCAAUGACAGACAACACCAAUGUCAAUUAUGUGCGGUACAAGGGUGAUUACUACAUUAGUACUGAGACCAACUUUAUGAAUAAAGUGGACAUUGAAACCCUGGAAAAAACAGAAAAGGUCAACUGGAGCAAAUUCAUCACUGUGAGUGGUGCAACUGCACAUCCUCAUUAUGACCCAGAUGGAACCACAUUCAACAUGGGCAACUCCUAUGGGCCGCAUGGUUCUUGCUAUAAUGUUAUUCGAGUUCCUCCAGAGAGGUUAGACUCUGGGGAGACAAUCCACGGAGCCCAGGUGAUAUGUUCUAUUGCCUCUGCAGAGGGGAUGAAACCUUCUUACUACCAUAGCUUUGGAAUGACAACAAACUACAUAAUCUUCAUUGAACAGCUAAAGAUAAAUCUGUGGAAAAUGAUCACUUCUAUAAUUCGUGGAAAGGCCUUUUCAGAUGCGAUAAGCUGGGAACCCCAGUAUAACACACGGUUUCAUGUGGUGGAUAAGCAUACUGGACAGCUUCUUCCAAGGAUGUACUAUAGUAAACCUUUUGUUACUUUUCAUCAAAUCAAUGCCUUUGAGGACCAGGGCUGUGUUGUAAUUGAUUUGUGUGGUCAAGAUAAUGGAAAAAGCCUAGAAGUUUAUCAACUACAGAAUCUUAGGAAAGCUGGGGAAGGGCUUGAUCAGGUCUAUGAUUCACCCACCAAAUCCUUUCCUCUAAGGUUUGUUUGGCCCUUACAAGUCAGUGUGAAUGCCCCUGAGGGAGAGAACCUUAGCCCACUGUCCUGUUCUUCAGCCAGAGCUGUGAGACAGGCUGACGGGAAGAUUUGGUGCUCUUGUGAAAAUCUACAUCCUGAGGGCCUAGAGGAGGAAGGAGGUAUCGAAUUUUCCCAGAUCAACUACAGCCAAUUCAGUGGCAAGAAGUACAAUUUCUUCUAUGGCUGUGGCUUCCGGCACUUGGUGGGGGAUUCUCUGAUCAAGGUUGAUGUGGUGAACAAGAAGCUGACGGUUUGGAGAGAAGAUGGUUUUUAUCCCUCAGAGCCUGUUUUUGUUCCAGUACCAGGAGCCAAUGAAGAAGAUGGUGGGAUUAUUCUUUCUACAGUGAUCACCCCCAACCAGAAUGAAAGCAAUUUUCUUCUAGUCUUGGAUGCCAAGAACUUUGAAGAACUGGGCCGAGCAGAGGUGCUUGUGAAAAUGCCUUAUGGAUUCCAUGGCACCUUCGUUACCAUCUGAAAGGACAACCACAAGCUCCGGAAGUUAGGUGUAAAAUGAAUGUGCUCUUACAAAAGAGAAAGCAAAAAGGAGGGCAAGCCCUCCAAAAGGAGUGCAAGGCCUGCUUUCCAAGCCAUAGACAAGUGGGUUUUAAGUCAGAAUUCAUGAGAUAAUUGUGGUUUUAUGUUUUCUUUGGGCUCUUCCUCAGAAACAUUAAGCAAAUGUUGGUACAAACUCUUGAAGAGUUCUGAAUUUA